CUGUUGGGUCGAUGUGGAACGUGGUGUUGGGAUGGAAUGUCUCAUCUUGAGGGUCCUGAAGACUUGCGUUUUUAUCUCGGUGCUAUUGCAAACAAACUUUCAUUUAAAGUAGUUUGCUUAUUUGCAGACCUUUUAGUUAUUAACGAAAUCCCCUUAAGAUUAGAAUAGGCUCUCCUAAUGAAUUUCACUGCAGUGUAUGAAAACGUUAUUAGUAGAGGGACCUGGAACUGACUUGUGAACCAACCAUGUUUCUAAUCUAAAUUUAAACUUAAAAAAAAUUAAUAAUAAAAAAAGAGGUGGGGGAAAUCACAUAGUGAGAAUUCUUGAACAGAAGCAAAAUAAAACCUGAGUAAAAAAGAAAAUGUCAUUAGUAGUUUGUAGCUAGGGAAUUAAGAAUUUUUAAGUGGAAUUAUUUUUCAUGAGAACAGUUUUAGGACAGCUUGCCACAGAAAAUAAUACAAGAAAGACUGAGCUAUGAUAUUUCCCUAGUAUCAUUCAGUCGAGAGUUCUGUUCAGCUAUUACAGCCUAAUAAUAGUCUCAAACACUGCAAACAGGUUCAAGUUACGGUCUUUAUUUCUCUGUUGGUGGUUCCUUGGAAACUGGUGCUGAAUAAAAGUCUAGUGUACCUUGAGUCGUGAUGGGGAUUACAAGAGCAUGCUAUUGACUUUUAGGAGACAUGAGUGGUGCAUAUAGAGGGAGAGGUUUUGGACGGGGAAGAUUCCAAAGCUGGAAAAGAGGAAGAGGUCGUGGGAACUUCUCAGGAAGCUGGAGAGAAAGAGAGCACAGAGCUGACCUGGGUAAAGCCACAGGAAAGCACACUUCUGAACAAACGUCACAGCCUUUACUUUUACAGUCAACGUUGGAUCAGUUUAUACCUUAUAAGGGCUGGAAGCUUUACUUCUCUGAAGUUUACAGUAAUAGCUCUCCUUUUAUUGAGAAGACUCAAGCAUUUGAGAAGUUUUUCACAAGGCACAUUGACUUUUAUGAUAAGGAUGAAAUAGAAAGAAAGGGAAGCAUUUUGGUGGAUUUUAAAGAACUGACAAAAGAUGAUGAAAUAACUGACUUGAUACCAGAUAUAGAAAAUGCACUAAGAGAUACCCCUGAGAAAACCUUGGCGUGUAUGGGUCUCGCAAUACAUCAGGUAUUAACCAAGGACCUUGAACGGCAUGCGGCUGAAUUACAAGCUCAAGAAGGGUUGUCUAAUGAUGGCGAAACAAUGGUGAAUGUACCGCAUAUUUUUGCAAGAGUGUACAACUAUGAGCCCUUAACACACCUCAAGAACGUCCGAGCAAACUGCUAUGGGAAGUACAUCUCUAUAAGAGGGACCGUGGUUCGUGUUGGUAACAUAAAGCCUCUUUGCACCAAGAUGGCUUUCCGUUGUGCCGCAUGUGGAGAGAUCCAGAGCAUCCCUCUGCCCGAUGGGAAGUACAAUCUUCCUACAAAGUGUCCGGUGUCUGCUUGUCGAGGGAAGUCGUUUGCUCCUUUGCGCAGCUCUCCUCUCACCGUUACAGUGGACUGGCAGUUGAUCAAAAUACAGGAGCUGAUGUCUGAUGCACAGAGAGAAGCAGGGCGGAUCCCUCGAACAAUAGAAUGUGAGCUUGUUCAUGAUCUUGUAGAUAGUUGUGUCCCAGGAGAUACAGUGACUAUUACUGGAAUUGUCAAAGUCUCCAAUACUGAAGAAGGUUCUCGGAAUAAGAAUGAUAAGUGCAUGUUCCUUUUGUACAUUGAAGCAAAUUCUGUUAGCAACAGCAAAGGACAGAAAGCACAGACUGCGGAGGAUGGCUGUCAGCAUGGGACACUGAUGGAGUUCUCCCUUAAAGACCUGUAUGCCAUCCAAGAGAUCCAGGCUGAAGAGAACCUGCUGAAGCUCAUUGUCAACUCACUUUGUCCUGUCAUUUUUGGUCAUGAACUUGUUAAAGCAGGGUUGGUGUUAGCACUCUUUGGUGGUAGCCAGAAGUACGCAGAUGACAAAAACAGGAUUCCCAUUCGAGGAGACCCACACAUCCUGAUUGUUGGAGAUCCGGGCUUGGGAAAGAGUCAGAUGCUGCAGGCAGCAUGCAAUGUGGCACCCCGUGGUGUGUAUGUCUGUGGAAAUACCACCACCAGCUCUGGGCUGACUGUAACUCUUUCAAAAGACAGUUCCUCUGGAGAUUUUGCUUUGGAAGCUGGUGCCCUGGUACUUGGUGACCAAGGCAUUUGUGGGAUAGAUGAAUUCGAUAAAAUGGGGAACCAGCAUCAAGCCUUGUUAGAAGCCAUGGAACAGCAGAGUAUUAGCCUCGCUAAAGCUGGUGUGGUUUGCAGCCUCCCUGCAAGAACUUCCAUUAUUGCUGCUGCAAAUCCAGUUGGAGGACACUACAAUAAAGCCAAAACAGUUUCUGAGAAUUUAAAGAUGGGGAGUGCCCUACUGUCCAGAUUCGAUUUGGUCUUUAUCUUGUUAGAUACGCCGAAUGAGCAGCAUGACCACUUACUUUCUGAACAUGUGAUUGCAAUAAGAGCUGGGAAGCAGAGAGCUGUUAGCAGUGCCACAGUAGCUCGUGCGCUCAGUCAAGAUUCAAAUACUUCUGUACUUGAAGUGGUUUCUGAGAAACCAUUAUCAGAAAGAUUAAAGGUGGCUCCUGGAGAGACGACAGAUCCGAUUCCACAUCAGCUGUUGAGGAAGUACGUUGGUUAUGCACGGCAGUAUGUCCACCCAAAGCUAUCCACAGAAGCUGCUCAGGCUCUGCAGGACUUCUAUCUGGAGCUCCGCAAGCAGAGCCAGCGCAUGAGCAGCUCACCCAUCACCACCCGGCAGCUGGAAUCUUUGAUCCGUCUGACAGAGGCACGAGCAAGGUUAGAAUUGAGAGAGGAAGCAACUAAAGAAGAUGCUGAAGAUAUAAUUGAAAUUAUGAAACAUAGGGAUUGUCAGACCUGGCAAAUGCCUUUACCUGCUCAAUCAUCUUGCUGGCCCCUUAAUUUCUGUAGGAAUGAUUUUUUCCCUUUCUCUUUUUCUUUCUCACCUCCCUCUCCCAUCCUCAUUUUAGGGUCUAGCACUUGUGCUGUCCUUGUAAUUGUUCAGGAGUGUUGUGCUGAUCACUUCUCCCUUCCCAAUAGGGAGGCUUCACAUUGCUUUGCUUAUGUUCACUAUGGUUCUGGCCUCACUGUGGCCGCUUCUCUCUGAUUAUGGGUAGAAUGGCACCCUGCUGCUCCCUAAGGCUUGAGCAAUAACCCGCAGCUUGUUCCCUGCUCUUAUAGGCAGUCUGUGGAAAGAGAAGCUCUCUUUAAUUCAGUGUGUCCGCCACAAGGGGAGAGAAUAGUUUGAUCAAGUGGCUAGGAUUACCUAGUACUAUCAGACAUUGAGAGCUGGUUAGACACAUCAAGUUCCUAUCUGUUAGAACUAACAUGCUUUCUUAGUCUGUGAGAGCAAGGACCUUAUUCCAGUGUCUUUUUAGGGCCCACAAUCAUGGCUAGUACGUGGUAUGAAACAUACUUUGUUAAUUCAUUAAUUAAAGUAUACUCUUUAAAAAAAUUUCCCCCUUUAUAGUUCCUGUCUCUUCUGCGUCAUUAAAACCACCAUUAAUGUGUUAUCCUGUGAAAUUACAUUAACUAGGAAGCAGAAGCCUGAGCGAGAAAAAUCUGAAUCUUGACAUAGUUCAUCUGAGUUAGCAUAAUACAUACUUGGACAUUUUUUGAAAAGUAAAUGUUUUUAUUUUGUAAACAGUUUAUAUGUGAGCAUUCUUAUUUUGUUGUUUUGUUUUUGUUUUUUGUUUAUUUUUGGAGACAAGGUUUCU